GAUUUAUUUGUCAACGAUGCGCUGGAAACUGCUAACAACAUGAGAAAGCAAGGAUUUGAGAUUUUUACCGUCAACAUGGGUACUGGGGAUUUGUCACCGCUAGCUUCGGACUCGAAUCAUACCUAUAAUGUGAUUACAGAUAGUGAUGAUGUGCGAAUCGCUACCCGUAUUGGAGACAGUUUGUGUAAGGCUUAUCCUUUGCAACCGUAA